AUGAUGUAUACUUUUCAGAUAAAUAACGGAAAAAAACUUUUGCAAGCAGAUAUUUCCAGUGACGAUUUGCAAGAUAGGAACUUCCGUCAAUCGUCAACACCUGUCAGGAAGAAUAAGCAUGUGCGUUCGUUCUCUUCAUUCGACAUCAGCAGCUGUGAAUGCCACUCGAUCUUACUCGCCGCUUAUUCUCAGAUCAUAGAUCAUUGUCGCGGUGCUGGUGAAUACGAAAAACUAUUCGAGGCCUAUUUGGAAUAUGCCGAUCUCAACAUUAUUAAUCAGAACAUACCACAAGCGAUUCGUCUUUUAUUCGAAGUGGAGACUUUUGUUUUAAGUGGUUGUUUGUCUAACAAGAGAUUAAAAUGGGAUUGGAUAAAGAAGUUCCGGCUGGCAAGCAUUUACACGCUUCGAGGGGAGUGCAUGCUUUACUCCGGCGACAUUGUCGAGGCGAGGAAAUAUCUGCUGUACGCUAUGGAACUCUACCACGACCCGUUUCCAACAUCCAAGCACUCUGUUCAAAUUUCAAACUUCAGUGCUUCGGUUAAACAACGCUUGGAGUUAUACUUUGCUUCCCAUUGCUAUGUGGGAAUGGAAAGCGGUAUGGUGGGACGAUUCUACGAAGACAUUGCUAGGACGUUAAGCUCAUUGUAUACUUUAUUCUCAGAAACAAAAGAAAAUAGUAAUGCGAAAUUAGCAGCCAAAUGCUCUUUAAAUUACGCUUUAAAAACGAAUACCAAUUUUCGUGCUAUGUGCAACAGCUACGGGAGCAUGAUAACGAUUUACAGACAAAAUAGACAAUUCUCAAUGUGUCAUAAGCUUGAACAGCGAGCGAUUGAGGUGUGUCACCGGAAACGGGGGCAGAUCGACGUGAGGGAAGUCCCCGCUGUGUCCUACCUUUAUACCAGUAUAUUCUUAUUCUACGUAGAACACGGUAAAAAGACGGAGAGCCUUGAGUUCGGCCUGUCGGUAAUGCACAUGCUGUCCACCCUGACGGAUACGGGCACCUGCCAUAUGUUGGUGAUGUGGAUGUUGAAGCUGCUGCUUUCAGAUCUGCGCAUCCAUGACAUGGUCAACACGAUGCGUCAAUUCUUUUACAUGCCCGACCAUUACGGCUUAAGUUCGGAAACGUGGUACUACUUUUAUGCCACGAUAGUCAUGCUCGACACCGGCUACUAUGUAGAAACGUAUGGAACUUGCGAACGGUUUUACUUGAAGAAGGGUGAUGCGAUCCUUCGGGCUAGGACACCGGAAGCUGCUUGGAGCUUUUUCGUUGGCAUGUGGCUCGUCACAGUGCGGGUAGGUACAUGGGAGAGGUCGAUAUUAUGGGAAGAGAAAAUCCGGCAAAUUGUUGCAAUGAAGUUUGAAAAUGACGAGUAUAAUAUGAUGAUACUGAUGAGAUUAGCUGAAGGAUUAGUUAUCACAUUGGUUAAAGAGAUGGAUAACAGAAAUAUAAAGGCUAUUUUUGUAUUGGAAAAAACCUUGAAAGCAAUAUUCCAAGACAUGUACACUUGUGUCGGAUACAUGACUAUGUUUAAACCAAGGUAUUAUUUUCUGUACGCCUAUUUUCAUUACGUACGGGGCAAGAAGUACCGUGGCUUCAGCUACCUGAAUAAAUGCAUCGACUAUUGCAAGCAACUGUCGUUGAAGACGUUACUCAUUUGGGCUAAACAUACCCUUAACCAUUGGAAAGGUACUCUCAACCCGACGCUGGAAAACUACUGGGUGGAGCACGUUGAACCAGAACAAACUCUGGACUAUCGAGAUUUCGACUUAGGCAAGUCUAAAAUAGUGCCAUACACUCUUCCGUUGCCAAGGGAUUUCGAGAUGUAUAACAAAUAA